CGAACUCGCUUAUCUUAAUUCGAUGACUACGAUCUUGCGCACUCAAUAAUCGUGUUUACAAUUACUCUCGCCAUAUUCGGACCCAAACAAGUCUUGUUUAUCGUCCAAUUUACAUUAAUUGACCAGUUCAAUACUUCAUUUACAAUGUACAAGGGGACCACUUUCUUAUUGCUGUGGGUGCUGUUGAAUGUGCAAGUGGAUUGUAUAACGAACUCGCGGUUUGAGAAGCAAUGCGUAGAUUACUAUAGUACUGGGAACCCGUUUGAUUUAGGCGCGAUGGAGGGACAAUGGAAUGCGGUAUACUUCUGGCCUGCUACUCAGAGGAGGCGCGAGUUCUGCCAAGCGGUGCAGUUUGUGAAAUUGACACCGAACGACAUCGAGGGAUUGACCAAUCGCUGUGGAACAAGCAUUCCGGUGGAACAGACGGCCGUUUCCUCAAGUUACACAAACAUUGCCGGAGUGAGACGAAACAUAACAUAUUACGGAAGCGACGAAGCCAAACAUGGCUUGAGUGAUUGUGACAAGAUAUUGAAGUACAUGUUCUUGAAGAUCAACGACGAAUAUGUGCUGCUUAUUAACUGUUCGGCGAAUGGGUUGGGCAUUUUGCUGUCGAGGAAAAAAGAGUCGAUUGCUGACGUGGAGAAAGUAGUGGAUGCUAUUGAGAUUAUGUCGGGCAGGCAGGGGAGCGCCAACUGUUUGUGAUACACAAAUAAAUAUUGUAUGAACUAUUUACAAUAA